AUGGCUACAGGUCAUCAUCAUCAUCACCAUGAGCAGAAAAAUGAAAACCUUAACGAAAAUCUUAGCGUCAAAGAGGCUUCGGUUAUCGUGGUAAUGGUUCCUUUCCCAGCUCACAGCCACAUGAACCAGCUCUUGCAACUCUCAUGUCUUAUCUCUUCCUGCAAAAUACCUGUCCACUACGCCGGUUCUUCCAUUCACAAUUCUCAGGUAAGAACCAGAGCUCAUGAUUUGAAUUUAUCAGAAAUCCAAUUCCAUGACUUCCCAAUUCCUCCGUACCUCCCUGAUCCAGCUUCGAAUUCUACUGAAUUUCUUCUUCCAUUAUUUAAUGUCACUGAGCACCUUCGUCAACCAGUUGGUGCGCUUAUCCACCAGCUCUCUUCCAAAGCCAAAAGAAUUACUAUCAUCCACGAUGCUUUAACUUCCUCUGCAGUACAAGAUGCUAUUUCUAUAACCAAUGCUGAAACCUACGUUUUCCAACCCACCCCUGCUUUCACUGUUUUUUGCUUUUCUUGUGCUGCGAGCUCAGAGAAAUUUCUUCCAAUUCCUAGUGAAUUAGCUGAAAAUAUUAAACACCCAAUUGAGAUUCCUUCUCUUGAAGGAGCUUUUAGCUACGAGACUAGAGAUUUCAUAACUCGCCAAAGCCAGUUUAUGAAAUUAUUAUCUGCUUUGGGACAUCUAUACAACGCAUGCAGAGUGAUAGACGGUGCUUUUCUUGACCUUCUGGUGGAGAAACGGAACGAUAAAAGGGGUUGGACAAUUGGGCCUCUACAUCUGGUAACAUAUUCAAAGAAUGGAAGAAAUUCCAUUAAUGGAAAACACAAAUGGUUAUUUGAUUGGCUUGACAAACAAGAACCAGACUCUGUCUUGUACAUCUGUUUCGGAACCACAAUUUCAAUUGGGGAUUACAAUCAACAGCUUAAAGAACUUGCUCUGGGGUUGGAGCUGAGUGAGACAAAGUUCAUUUGGGUAUUCACAGAUGCAGAUCAUAAAAAGGAUGGUUUUGUAGAAAGUGAAAAAGGUCGACAUGAGCUUCCGGAAGGGUUUGAGGAUAGAGUGAAAGGAAAGGGAAUGGUGGUGAGAGAUUGGGCUCCACAGCUUGAAAUUCUGCAGCACAAAUCUACAGGUGGAUUUUUGAGUCACUGUGGAUGGAACUCUUGCUUGGAGAGCAUUAGCUAUGGAGUUCCUAUAGCAACAUGGCCAAUGCAUUCGGACCAACCCAUGAAUGCUCUGCUCAUAACAGAGGUGCUUAAAAUCGGUGUGAAUGUAAAGGAAUGGGCACGCAGAGACCAAGUGGUGAGCUCCUCGGAGAUUUGCAAAGCUUUGAGGAGAUUAAUGGGCUCGGAUGAAGGAGAUGAGAUGAGGAAGAGAGCUAAAGAUUUGGGUGACAAAGUUCGAAGUGCUACUGCUGAUGGAGGGGUUUCUCGCUUGGAAUGCGACUCAUUCCUUGCCCAUAUUACCAGAUAG